AUGGUCGCAAGUGUGCAUCAGAUUCUGAUCGGUUAUUCGAACGAAUCGUCUUCGGCAUCGCAAGAUGCUCUGUCAGCAUCAGGCUCGGUAACACUGAUUAUCAAUGGCAAUCGUAAAAUUUUGGUCGACUGUGGUGAUCCUUGGAAUGGGGAGCAAUUGCUGACUGAGCUGAAAGCAUAUUCAGUCAGUAACGAGGAUGUAACUGAUCUGAUAAUAACUCAUGGACACAGUGACCAUUGUGGAAAUUUAUCACUAUUUCGAAAAGCCACCAUUUACAUGGAUCAUGACUGUGCGAGAGCUCAAUCGCAAUAUACUUCAUUGGAGGAUGAGUUUGAAGUGACCGAGAAUGUGUACGUUAUAAGGACUGUUGGUCAUACAGAUCAUGAUUUGAGUGUGGUGGUUACGGGUACACAGCGUGGAUGGGAUAUAUUCGAAAAUGGUCUCACUGAUCAAUGGCAAGCAAAUAGUCGUUACGUUGAGAAGCAACAGCAAAGUCGAGAGCGGAUCAUUAGCAUGGCUGACUGGAUUGUUCCUGGCCAUGGGGAAAUAUUCAAGAACCAACUGAAAAAGAAUUAA